AUGGAGCCCUCGACCCCAGGGCCCUCAAAUAUAUGGGGCAAUGGAGAACAUGCAUGGAGAACAGAAACUGGAGUCCUGGCCCUCCCUCAGAUAUCCGGGGAGCUGCGGAGAGCCACACCAGGCUCUGCAGGGUUGGACCUCCGUGCCACCACCAGACUCAUAUUAACACCACAAAUGGGAGUCCAACUAAUGGACACGGACUUUACAGGACCUUUAGACAAGGGUACUGUAGGCCUCCUUAUAGGGAGGUCUUCCUCCACCUUAAGAGGUCUGCGUGUCCACCCCAGAGUAAUCGAUCCCAAUUAUACAGGUGUUAUUAAGAUCAUGGUUGAGUCCCCAAAAGGGAUCACCGCCAUCUCCCCAGGGGACAGGAUUGCACAGCUGGUAAUCUUGCCCAGCUUGUAUGGAUGCUUUCCUGCGGCAACGCAGGAAAGAGGGGACUGGGGCUUCGGGUCCACAGGUGGUAACUGCUUAUUUAUCCCUAGAACUAGACUAGAGACUAGUUCUUGA